AUGGCCGACGACGACGCCUUCUUGUUCGGUGCGCCGCCCGCGGCCAACGAACGCAGCAGCGCCGCGCCGGGAACGAUCGAGUACGAAGACCUCUUUGGCGCACCGCCGGCGCCGGCGAGCCCAGCGACAGCGACGGGCGACGACGCGAGCACUCUCUUUGGCCCGCCACCGCGGGACGCCGCCGCCACGCACCUCGUCGUCCUGCAGCAUGGCCUCCACGGCAGCCCAUCCGACUACCACACAUUUGGCUUCAUCUUGCGCGACGUCUUCCGGGACGAGCCUGGGCUGUACGUUGUCGCCGCCACCUCGAACGCCAAGGACACACACGACGGUAUUGACGCCGGCGGGCUGCGCUUGGCCGACGAAGUCCAAAGCCUCGCCGCCACCUGCCCUCGGCUCGAGAAGGUGUCACUCAUUGGUCACUCGCUCGGUGGGCUCUACGUGCGCUACUGCAUUGGCGUCUUGUACGCGCGAGGCUUUUUCCAGCACAUUACGCCCAUGAAUGUCAUUACGCUCGCCACGCCGCACUUGGGGGUCCGCGCGCCGUUCAACAACCGCGGCGCCGUCAACGCGGUCGUCAACACCAUCUCGUCCAAGCUCUUUGAUCGGACCGGAGCACAAUUCGUGCUGCAAGACACGGCGUCACCCACGUGUGUGGCGCUUGCAACGUACGCCGUCCCGCUGCCGAUGGCGCCCAUGGCGGGCACGCUCGAGAUUCAGCUGCCCGCACCGAACGUCGGGUAUGCGCUGCUGGCGUACCGCCUCAUGGACGGUCGCCUCAACAUUUUGCUGAACCCAACCGACCACGACCCGAUCUUUUCGUUCUCUCUUGACGGCUUGAGCGCAUUGCUGUUUGUGCCCGAGCCACGACGGACCACAACCGACGCCGAGACCGAAGCAUCCAGCUACCUCUACGACGACGACGCUGCCGAGACGGCACUCGCACGGGACACGGUGUUGCAGCUCCACAACACCGACCACAGCCUCUCGAUUGAAGUGCGCAUGGCCACCAGUGUCGACUGGGCGCUCUUGCAUGCCGUCGUGCGCUAUCUCGGCCGCCUUCGGUGCGUCAACUACGUCGGUGACAAGAAUGUUGUGCGCGCCAGCCUCGUCCGCGUCGCAUCGGCUCCGUCGCUGCUGCAGUGCCUGAGCCAAGGCGCGUUUCUGUUUGGCCUCGGGUGUUUUCGCCGGCGUGCGCUCUACUCCAACAUCUUUUUUGAUAUUCAGGUGCCGUUUGCCGUCGGGUCGAUUCGGAGCUUCAACCCAUACCAAAACAACGCGACGUCGUGCGCCACGUCGCCGCUGUACCCACACGUGACGCUGCAUUCGCUCGCGAACGCGCCGCUCCAGCGCGAUUCGCUGCCGCCACAACGCUGGGCCGACAUGGACGUCUAUCCCGUGCUGUCGCUCACGCCCAAAGGACGCUUUGACGGCUGGGGCAACCUUGGCCAGUACUUGUUUCAGGCCAACAAAGCGACACCAUCGACGCCGUCGUCAACGAGCAGCCAAAGCAAUGGCAGUGGGCUGCUCUCGCCGUCGUCCAACCCGCUUUCGCCGUCAGCGCUGCUCGCAGGUCGGCACGUCACCGUCGUGUCCAAAGACUCGGCCCAUGUGCUGGUCGAUAGCCCCGAAGAUGCAUUCGUGCACGACCCGUUGCGCGACAUUCUUCGAGGCAUGCUCGUCUCGCUCCAGGCGCUGCCGUACGAGCGUGCCGAUGUGCUUUUUGACGGUGUCCUCGGCCAUGAACGCAUCAUCGCCAAGCGCCACACGGCCUUUACACCGAGCGAGUCGGGCGUCGACGUUGUGCACCAUGUUGCCGACACGUUUCUUUUAUAAACAAAGACGCGCAAUGUGCGGAAAAUGGACCUCUGCAUUCAUUACGGC